UCCAACUGCAAUUCUUGGGACUAGCAUCUCAAUCCUCUCUGUCACCAUCAAAAUUGUUGAUGACAUCCCAUACUCUCGUCUUAUAUAUAUCCUAUAAACAAAUAGCAAUAGGUCAUCAAGCAGAAAAACCCAAAAGCUUGUUUUUUUAUGGCUUCUUGGAAUUCAGUUCCGCUGGAAGUGUUGUACAAUGUUUUGGGAUGGGUUGCGUUUGUCUCGUGGUCCAUUAGCUUUUAUCCUCAGGUCAUUUUGAAUUUUCGUAGGAAAAGUGUGGUGGGGUUGAAUUUCGAUUUCGUGGUGUUGAAUUUGACGAAGCACUCGUCUUAUCUCAUCUACAAUGCUUCCAUGUUCUUUAGUUCUGCUGUUCAAUGGCAAUAUCGUCAUCGAUAUGGCAAUAACGAGAUGAUACCUGUAGCUGCCAAUGAUGUGGCUUUCUCUACCCAUGCUGUUCUUUUAACAGCGUUUACCUUGUUUCAGAUUUCUAUUUAUGAUCGUGGAAACCAGAAGGUCUCGAAAAUUGCUUUAGCAAUUGUAUCUGUUGCUUGGUUAAGUGUUGCUAUUUGUGUGUUUGUGGCUUUUCCUAAGCAUUCCUGGCUAUGGCUAGUGUCCUGCUUCAACACAUUGCAGGUUGUUAUGACAGUAACCAAAUACAUUCCCCAGGCUGUUAUGAACUUCCGGCGAAAGAGCACUAUUGGUUUUAGUAUUGGCAACAUUUUGCUGGAUUUGUUUGGAGGUGUAACAAAUUACGGGCAGAUGGCAGUGCAAUCUAUAGAUCAGAAUUCCUGGGUGAACUUUUAUGGAAAUAUCGGCAAGACUUUGUUGUCAUUGGUGUCGAUAUUCUUUGACUUUCUCUUCAUCGUGCAACAUUAUGUGCUAUAUCCUUCAAGGAAAGAAGUUGCUUCUCCUAAUGUUGAUGUGGCUUGGAUGACACGCACCCAAAAGAAGAAAAGAACAUGUCCUCAGUUGACUAAUCAAAACACCUUGCUUCCCAAGUUUUCCCACCUCCAAAGCUCUAUAAACUCCUAUAUAUAAACAUGGUCCAUUAUC